AUGGAUUAUCAAGAGCAAGAGAAUCAGACAGGAGUCAGAUUUAACUGGAACAUAUGGCCUUCGACAAAAUUAGAAGCUACAAGAAUAGAAUUGCCACUAGGUUGCCUUUUCACUCCACUCAAGGAUACUAGUCGUUUGCAAUUAGUUGAAUAUGAACCUGUAAGAUGUCGAGCAUCUGGAUGUAUCUUAAAUCCAUAUUGCCCAAUUGACUUCCGCUCGAAAGUUUGGACUUGCCCAUUUUCAUUACAGCGUAUUCCAUUUCCUCCUCACUAUGCUGAACAUAUAUCUGAAAAUGUUUUGCCAGCUGAAUUAAUGCAUCCUUCAAUAGAAUAUAUUUUGCCAGCUACACCAGGAAAUACAAGUAAUCCUCCAGUAUUUGUAUUUGUUAUUGAUACCUGCUUAAUAGAGGCUGAAUUAAAUGAAUUGCGAGAUUCAAUUCAGCAAGUUAUUUCAUUAAUGCCUCCAGAUGCUCUCGUUGGUCUAAUCACAUUUGGGACAGUUUGUUGCGUACAUGAAUUGGGGUUUUCAGAAUGCCCCAAAUCUUAUGUAUUUAGAGGGACUAAAGAUGUAACGGCUCAACAAGUCCAGGUACAACUAGGACUUACAACUCGUCAUGAUCCUCGUUAUUCUAGUAAUCCAGUAUCUAUACAUAGUUUUUUGCUACCUGUACCUGAAUGUGAAUUUGCUUUAACAAGUAUUUUAGAGGAUCUAAGACCUGAUUCAUGGCCGAUACCUACUGAUAAUCGUCCUCAACGUUGCACAGGUGCUGCAUUAACAGUUGCAACUGGAUUGAUGGAGGCCUGUUGUAUUCAGCAAAGUGGAAGAAUUAUGUUAUUUGUUGGAGGUGUUUGUACAAUUGGACCAGGUACUAUUGUAUCCCCACCAUUGGCUGAAUCUAUAAGACAUCAUUUGGACUUACAAAAGAAUUCUAAUGCAGCUAGACAUGUACAAAAAGCAAUUAAGUUCUAUGCAAGCUUAGCUCAUAGAGCUGUACAAAAUGGUCAUGCUGUUGAUAUUUUUGCUUGUUCUUUGGAUCAAGUUGGGCUUUAUGAAAUGAGAGUUUUAUGCGAUAGAAGUGGUGGUAAUAUGGUCAUGAGUGAUUCAUUCAGUAUGAAUAUUUUUAGAGAUUCAUUUAAAAAAAUUUUUGAGCCUGAUAAUACAGGAUAUAUUAAACAAGCAUUUAAUGGACGCGUUGAAUUAUUAUGCUCGAAAGAUAUUAAAGUAUGUGGAGCUAUUGGAGCUUGUACAGGCACUGGGAAAAAGGGUUCACAAGUAGGGGAUUCACUUAUUGGUGAGAGUAAUACUUGUGAAUGGAGUUUUGGAGCAUUAGAUAAGAAUACAACGAUUGCAUUUUACUUUGAAGUUGUAGCUCAGAGCGUUACACAAAUACCUCCAGGUAAACAAUCGUUUAUACAAUUUCAAACACUUUAUAAUCAUCCUUCUGGUAGGAGAAGACUUAGAGUCACUACUGUUUCAUAUAGAUAUUCUGAACCGAACUUAUUGGAUCUUGCUCCAGGAUUUGAUCAAGAAGCUGCAGCUGUACUUAUGGCAAGACUAGCUGUCGUCAGAACUGAAAGUGAAGAUAGCUUAGAUGUACUAAGAUGGCUCGAUAGAAAACUCAUUAGACUGAAGUCAUUUUCUUCAGACUUUAACGCAUCACCAGAUGAAACAGCUUACUAUAGAACUGUUUUAUUAAGAGAAAAUGUGAUGAAUUCUCUAGUAAUGAUACAACCAGCUUUAUUACAAUAUUCAUUUGACGAAGGUCCUCCUCAACCAGUUCUACUGGAUGUGCAAUCUCUGAAACCAAAUGUUAUUCUACUUCUAGACUCUUUCUUCCAUGUUGUUGUAUGGUAUGGAGAGAUGAUUUAUCAAUGGAAGGAACAAGGAUAUCACGAAAAUCCAGAAUAUGAGAAUUUUAGAAAUUUAUUACUAGCUCCUGCUGAAGAUACAAAAGCAAUAUUACAAGACCGCUUCCCAGUACCAAAAUUUGUUUUAUGUCAUGCUGGUGGUUCUCAAGCAAGAUUCCUACUUGCAAAAGUCAAUCCAUCUGCUACUCACAACACUCUUUCUGGAGCUACAUUCGAUUCAGUUUCUGAUGGAUCUAUUGUAAUUACUGAUGAUGUUUCUCUCAAGGUCUUUAUGGAGCAUCUAAUAAAACUUGCAGUGCAAUCUUGA